AUGACACGUUGGACACUUCUAAAACUAAUUUUGGCUCUACCAUUAAUCUUCGCGGUGGAUAAAAUAAAAGCACCGCGAAAGGAGUCCCCUCCACAGAAAGAAAAUGGAAACAACUACUACAUCGAAACAUCAGAGUGUCGUAUUCUGAAUACCCAACAAAUGUCAAAAAAUGCCACGAAUAGUAUAAAGGAUGACGAUUAUGAGAAAUGCUCCCAAGAUGAUGAUUUGAUCACCACAGACUUCCAUGACGAACACCAGCGAUAUGUGAUGCUUAUAAACGAUCUUGUUUCGCAACUGAUCGUUGAGUACAAUUGCAGUUAUCGUGAGAUUGGAAGGCGAAAAAAUAUCGGACUGAAAAAAGUGCCCUUUCAGAAUGGUUAUGUGGUGCCCCAUAAUGUGGAGAGCAUGACAGUUACCUGCAGCAAUAGCCUGGGGGAAGUGCUCCAAACAAGGACCUUGGCCUUGGUGCAGCCCCGCCGUGGGCGCCAACCGCCAAUAUCUAAGUGCCGAAAGCCCAAUGUAAUCAUGAUGGGUAUUGGUAGCAUUUCCCGAACGAUUUUUCGCCAAAACUUUCCAGAAUUUAGCAAGCGUCUUCAAAUGGAGGGCUGGUACGAGAUGCAAGGAUACGGCAGAGUGGACAAGGGCCUCAUGCCCAAUUUAAUGGCCAUUCUCUCCGGCUACAUUCCUCAAACUUGGCAGAACAUAGGUUGCCAUUCGAAGAAACAAGGCUGCUUGGAGACGCUGCCCUUGAUCUGGAAUCACUUCAAGCAGAGGGGUUAUCUGACGGCCUACGCCGAGGACGUGAGCUAUCAAAAUGUCUUUAACUUUGAAAAGUCCAGCCUCGACUACUAUGCCAAGGGAAUCGACACUAAAGUUCCCACUGACUGUAUUGGCAGAAUGAUGAACAUUCGAUAUGUCUAUGAAUUCUGCCAGCAAUUUCUGGAACGACAUAUGACCACGGAAUCUCAGCAGCCUCUUUUUGGACUCUUUCGGACCAACAGCUCGAGCUACGACUUGUUUGCGGAUGGUACAAUUUUGGAACCAUUUAUUAUGGAAUAUUUUCUGAGCUUCAUUGAGCUGGGACUCUUUAAGGAAUCGAUUGUGAUCAUCUUCAGCGAUGAGGGCCAAGGCUCAAGCCAUGAGGAGACCCUGCCUAUGCUGUUUAUCUGGCUGCCUCCUUGGUUCCGUGCCGAGCAUCCGGAAGCGGUGCAGGCCUUGCAAAUCAAUAGCCAACGACUUACCUCUCCAUACGACUUGCAUCUGACUCUCCAGUACAUUCUGGAGCUGGGCGAAAAAUGGCCACACGCUGUGGAGGAGCUGGAGGACUGUCCGAAAUGCCAGACACUUCUGGCGCCGAUAAAUGAGAGCCGCGCCUGCCCGGAUGCGGGAAUAAGUGAUGAAACAUGCCCCUGCGGCAUCUACAAGUCACUUGCCACCAGGCACACAGAGCAUCUGCCGUUGGGUACGCUUCUUGUGCGCAGUAUAAACGACUACUUGCACCACAGAAACCUUCAAGAGUUCUGCUGCAAUUUCACCCUCAAGUCCGUUUCAGCCGUAUCGAUGCGUGUUGAGGAGCGUCAGUCAUCAUCGUACAUCAACACCUAUCGAGUGACAUUCAGCGUCAACCGACAGCUCUACGACAGGACCAAUUCUAAUCAUCCAGAGUUUUCCGGAAGUAUACGCUAUAACCACAAGCUGAAAACUAUGGACUAUCUGAACUGUCAACUCAGGAGAUACCCGUUGUAA